GCAGGGUCCUCCGAGCCGAUAGGGGUCGCGGUGGUGCAGCGCCAUUCCCUGCUGGCUGAUUGGCUGGUGCCCGGUGAGCUCGCGAUGUGACCCUGCGUCCGGCCCAGUAUGGCCGCCGCUGUGGGGCUGCGGGGCUGGGGCCCGCUCCUGCUCCGAGGCAGCUCCUGGCGUAGCUUCAGCUCGCAGACGGACGGCGAGGCAAGGGUGAGCCGCGUCCUGCGGGAGAAGUUCCCCCGCGCCGCCGCCAUCCGCGUCGUGGACAUCUCGGGAGGCUGCGGGGCUAUGUAUGAGAUUCACAUCGAGUCGGAGGAGUUCAGGGAGAAGCGGACGGUGCAGCAGCACCAGAUGGUGAACGAGGUGAGGGGCACUUGGGGGGGGUGUGUUGCCUGUACUCAAGCACCACAGUGCUUUGGUUGAGCACCACUGAUCACAUGCAUGCAGCACAACUGCUGCGUGCCCUCCCAGUAAGAACCAGUGUGUCUCUGCCAUUGUGUGGACAG